GAGGAUGACAAACUUCUCAGGGGCGUCCCUGAGAAGUACCUGCCUUGGGAGACCAUCACCUUGGUCUCCAAUGUCAAGAAGGCAUUCAAGAAGUUCAAGGAGGGCGCUCUCAAGUCCGCCUAG